CGACGAUAUUGGGACGCGUAAAAACGCGCUUUUCAGAUUGAUACAGCUAUCUGCCAUUCUGACCUGCUGCCAUGUCUGUCUCGCAUCUCACGAACGAUCUUGUUCUCCUCCCCGUGCCUUCCCAACACCAACUUCAAAUCUCCACGUCUCAAAUAAACCCAGCCGCCGCCCAAGCGGAAGAAUCAUUGCGCUCAUUGCUACUCUCGCUCAAACCUCCAUUGUUGCACUCUCAGAUCACCGACGGGAUUCGAUCGCUCGAGGACUAUGAUUCGUUCGUAUCGGGCCUGCGCUCUGAAGAGCUUCGAGCGGCACAAGAAGAUGGUGUAAGAACGGCUAUCACGGGGAGGUUAGUGGCUGGUUUGUAUGCCGAGGCGAUGAAUACGUUCCUGAAGGAGGCUGGUGAAGCGGAGAACGAGGCGGAGUGGUGGGGAGAUGUUGAAAGGUCUACAUGUAACAUUUGGCAUUACUUCGUCCAAACGUUUCCGUCUCGCCUGUUCAGUCUUAUACACCGGGUCGUAUCCAUCCUCCACACACAAGGACGUUCUUUGAGGGCUUCGGACCUCUCAAUAUCAUCUAUGCGAAACAUCCUUUCAGAGAGAGAUUCAUCUCGGCCGAACACCCUCGUGACCACUCUCUUCCCUCAUUUGAACACCCAUCCACACCUCAUGCCCCUAUCACUUGCUCCGCUCAAACUACGAGCUUUCAGCCUUCAGUCACCCUCAAUCCCGACCGCCUCGGACUUCGCAUUUACUAUUCAAGCCAUACGCACUUACAUCUCCAACUUCUUCGAAUCAUGCUACACCUUCAUCUCGCUUCCCUUUGAGCUCACACGACAAGAGUGUAACUUGAGACGGAAGCACUUAGAAAAACUUAGGGAUGAGAGGGCAGAGGCUCUCGGAGAGCUCUUGUUAAGACGCGAUCUACUAGACAAAACUCUUCGGACACAUUCAGACACCAUCGAUUUCCUCCAAAGCCUCAAUGAAGUCAUCUCUGGCCGAAGUUUGGAAGUCUCCCUCGGCCCUACACCACCACUCUUGACUUUUAUAUCUAGGACGGCGUCCGAAACCCUUCCACGGCACCUAUCUCUCCACCGCGACUACCUGCGAACCCAAUCUCUCCUGCGCCCCUCACGCCUCACGCUCCUAUGGCCGCGUCUGCUGAUCGUUCCUCCCCUUACACUUUUUGCGGCGAGAGAGCUUUAUGCGUCGAGGGACUCGUUGACCAAUAUGGCCGCGGAUGCAUGGGAGACAAUCAAGGCUUUCUGGAGAGGUUGGCUGGUUGAACCUGUGAAGGAUAUUGUAAGGACCGUGCGCACUGGGAGCGAUGAUGGGGUAAUCGUACAAAAAGAGAGCAUUGCAGCCGACAUGCAGUCGUUGGAGCGCAUGGCUUUGGCUCUGGCCAAGGAAAAGUUGAACUACUCAGCUGAGCAGCUCAACGCGUUCACCACCAAAAUCCGGUCUGGGGAUCUCACCCCCAUUCUCGAAAUAUACGAAGAGGACAUCAAACGUCCGGUGAAGUCCGCCGUCACCGGCACUCUUCUCCGUUCUGUCUUCGUUCAGGUGCAGAAAGCUAAGGUCGACAUCGAUCAAGCUCUCGCCGGAAUCGACAAGCUCCUGAAAUCACAAGAACUUACGUUCGCAUUCGUCGGCGUCGCCCCCGCACUCGCCAUAGUCUACAUCACCGGCGGAUAUCUCGGUUCCUUCUUCAGCAGCAAUCUAUCAGGCCGCAAAGGUCGUUUCGGCGGAAAACACAAACGUACUGCAGCCUGGCUCGCCAUGCGUCGCAUCGAACGGCUCCUCAUCUCCCAACCACACGGUCCCCCUUCCGCCGCUUCGCACUCACCAUCCCACACCCGAACCCCAAGUACGGAGAAACGGCUCCCGAUCCCUCCACUUACGUCUGGCCUGUUGUUGCUGAAUUUGUCGAGCCUAAGGAAUUAUGCGGAGAUUUGCUUGCCGUUGCAUUCGAGGUUGAGGGAAGGAUUUUUAGAGGAUAUCGGAGAUUUGGAGAAUCCGUCAUUGGAUAGGGACGAGAAAGUCAAGGUCGUGGAGAGGAUGUGGAGGUCAUGGGGUGCAGUUUUGGACUGGAAUAAUGGUGGGGGCGCAAUUGGAAGAAGAUAG